AUGUGCCCGGUUACCAAAGGUGACCUCCGCGUCGACGACCUCAUCCCCAACCACGCCCUCCGCUGCAUCAUCCAGGCGUGGUGCGUCGCCAACCACUGCCGUGGCGUCGAGCGGAUCCCCACGCCGCGGGUGCCUGUCACGCUGGCACAGGCGGGCGAGGUGUUGAGCUUGGGCGAGGUCGAGGCCGCCGCGCGGGCGGGCGACGCGGCGAGGUGCGGCGCGGCGGUGCGCGAGGUCGGCCGCCUCGCGCGGGAGUCCGAUAGGGACCGGUGGUGCCUCGCGUCAUCUGGCGCCGCCAGCGCACUCGCCGCGGCGGUCGCAUCGUUCGCCGCAGUGAGUGACUCGUCAGCGUCGUCGGUCCUGCUCAACGACGUCCAGGCGUCGCUGGUGCUCGUCAUGCCGCUCGACGAGAAGGCCAUCAUGGCCAUCGGCUCAUCGACCGCGUCGGUGGCGCUGCUCGCCAACGUCGCCAAGCACGACGACCUGCAGAGGAGGCUCCAGGCGGUGGUCAUCAUCAGGGAGAUCGUUGUGUUGUCCUCGUGCUGCUAA